AUGCACUUUGUCGAACCACGUUCUGGCACGCGCCUGUUCAGUGCUGCCUGGUUUCUCGAGCCACCAUGGAGCAACCUCCAGCCACCAGCCACCAGCCAUGAACGUCACGAGCCACCUAAGGCCGGAAAGACCGAGAUCUGUCAGCAAGUGGCGGUGCAGUCGGAACCACAGCUCGCCGGUGGCUCGUGCAUCCGAGCCUUGGCCUGUGGCUUGCCCCUGCGUCGUCCUCUUCCUCCUCCAGACGAACCCUUCCCCUCGACUCUCCGCUCCGCUCCCACCGCAGCACCACAGACGCUUCUGUCUGCCCGAUCCACCUCCUAA